AUGGCCCCCUCCCUCAGACCCACUCUGGGGCAGCCCCGCACAGACGGCCCCCCGCUGCCCACCCUUCCCCAGCAAGGCCAGGCCAGACCCUCCCGGGGCCAGACGAGAGGCUGCACGUCCCACCUCCUGUCAGCCCCCAGAUCCGGACCCCAGGUAAAGCCCAGUCAGGUCCCCCAAAGCCUGUGUGCUGGGCUGCGGUUCCGUCCUGAGAGCGAGGCCCUGGGGGAGUCCCCAGCUGUGCCCUCUGCAGGGUGGGAGGCACCGAGUCCCACCUGGGCAGAUGACCUCUGCAGGGGGCAGGUCCCGGGGCCUCAAGGUGAGUGUGCCCUGUGUGCACAGGCGUGCACAGUUGUCUGUGGGGGCGUGACUGCGUGUGUGCACACGGUGUGCGUGUGCGUGCACUGUGUGUAUACAGAAUGGCGCAGAUCUCACCCCUGUGCCACCUGUCCACCCCACUCCUGGUGCCUGGCCCAAGGGAAAGUGGGGCUGGGAAGGCCCAUGGGGGGCCCUGCACUGUGGGAGGGCGUCUCCUGGCUGCUGGGGUCCAGCCGGCCCUGGGCUGGCGCUGAUGAGACAGCCGGCAACGGCAUCUGGGGGGACCACAGCUCUGCCAGCUAUGAGUGGAGCAGGAGGGACAGGGCCAGGGUCUUCAAGGAAAGCUGGGGAGUCCUGUUUAAAAUCCGAGCGAAACACGCAGGGUCAGAGCGAGCUCUGCAAGCUUUCGUCAGAGAGCACCUGGGCCUCUCAGGCGGAGUGAAUCAGCUCCCCGGCGGCAGGCAGCGGGGAGGACCUGACCUGGGGCUGCUCCGGGGCUGCUCAGGGAGCCCGCCCCACGCCUCCAGUUUUCAUCUCCUCACUGAAGUGCUGGGGCCUCAGGCGUCAACGUCACGACGUCAGGACGACAAGACGAAGGAGGAGACCUUCCCAGGAGACGUCUGUGGAACCAGCUUCAUCUUCUCGUUGCUGCCGCGUGGGGAGGACCAGAUGCUUGGAGACCGAGCCUGGCUCCCCGAGGUGUGGGAAGCCUUCCACAGAGGAACCCUGAAGCGGGCAAGGGCUGAUUUAAAGUGA